AUGACGCCAGGCCAGGUCUGGCAUUUGGUCGUCUUCGUUUUACGUGUCCUCUUGAACAGGCCGAAGGCAGACAAGAAGAAGUUUCGAAGGGCGAAGAGUGCCUUCCACUUUUUCAUGGCCUCCGUGGACUCUGCCGGCAGGGCCAGCACAGUGAGCGAGCGCAACAAGUAUGCCGCGGGCCUUUGGAAAGGCUUGAACCCAGCGGAGAAGCGUCCGUUCCUUGAGCAGCACGAGGCCGCGAAGAAGGCCCUUGCACAGGCCGGUGCGGAUGCAGUGGACGACGAGCUGCUUGAUGCUUCCGAGUGGGAGGAGCGUACCUCCCAGCUCGUGAUUUUCCAGACGCCGCCUGGUUCCAGCAUCAAGCCAGAAAGGCAGCUGGCCGCUGUCUGGGCCCCCGCCGACGGCAAUCCGCUCUUGGCGCAGCACUGCGGACCAUGUGCAAGGAUUUACUUCCCCGUCGUCACGCUCAUGUCCUGUCCACGUUGCAGAAAGUCCCUGCAGAAGGUGCAAUGGGAUUCUGAAAGCCAGGUGUUUCGCGUGGAAGCUUCUACAAUGCUCCUGCCUGGGACCCUUGCCGACCUACCCAAGGACAACAGCGAGGCCGAGGAGCGGUAUGGCAAUGAAGUCAUCGUGCCAAAGCAUGUCAGCAAGGAGGUUAAGAAAUGGACGGAUCGUGGGUUCCAGUUCAGCACGGCAGCACUGACUUUGUUGUGUAAGUCCGCGGAAGAGUUUGCGUCCCUCCAGUUCGUGCGUGGCGAGCAGGCGGCAACUCACCGCAAAAAGAAAACGUUGACACUGGCAGACAUGAGAUUCGGUUCGCGCAUAUCCGAUGCAGCCUGCAUGGGCAAACUUCUCCGUGCACGUCAGAAGGAGGCCCAGCUACCGGAUGUGCCAGAGAGCCAACUCACAGUGCUGGAGCUCCGAGUCCGCCUGUUCAAGCUUGGCAAAAGCUUCACGGGGAGCAAGCUUGAGCUGAUCCAGAGGCUGUUGGAGCCACCAGAGGAGCACCGUGCUGUGCUCGCCGAAAGUGCCGAGGAACAGGAAGAGGAGGCAGGAAGUGUGCAGGAAGAAGAGCAGGAGGAGGAGGAGGAAGAGGAAGAGGAAGAAGACGAAGAGGAGGAAGAAGAGGAAGAAGAAGAGGAGGAAGAAGAGGAGGAGGAAGAGGAGGACGAAGAGGCGGAAGAAGAGGAGGUAGAGGUGAGCGAGCAGUCGACACAUGCAGAACAGCCACAAGCGCCUCAGCAUGGUUCAGGCACUGUCGCGGAAAGCGUACCUGAGCACGCCAGACUGGAAACCAGUCUGAAGGACCUGCAGGCACGCGUUUCUUCCAGACACGAUGAAAUACAGUCGCUGCGGCAUCGGCUCCGAAGCGCAGGCCAGCAGAGGCAGCAGGACAUGGGCGAAGGCGGCGAAGAGCUGAAGAGCAGCUCAGCCUCGCUGCAUGAACUGCAGGGUUUAAGAGACCGACUGCAACGGACGGAACAUCACCGAGCGGGCCUUGGGCCAUCUGAGCUGGAGCUGCGCUCCCUCCGUGAGCAGCAAAGGGCUGUUCGGGAGGAAGUGGCCAGCUUUCAAAACGGUGGAGGCGAUGGGGAUGGGCCUUCUCAUGAUCAGGUUGCAUACCUCACAUGGCAAUGCGAAUGCUUGCGUGGAUCCAUCUCAGCUGCAGAGAAGAAUGCCGAGGAGGAGCAUCGACAAAUCUCCAAGUUGGAAGCUGACAUGCGCAAUGAACAUAAGGCAGGAGAUGAGUAUUCCUUGGCCCUCAAACACCAGCUGGCUGAAGCUGCACGGCUGGAAGCAGCAGAAAAGGUUGCUGCCAAUGAAGUUGCCGAUUUGACCGAUCGCUAUUGGGAUUACGCGCCAUUCAGUUCCGGCAACUAUGGAUUCACUGCACUGGACAUCGACCAGGAAAUAAUGCAAUUGCGGCAGCGUGUGGGCUUUGAAGAGGAGGAGCUUGCACGUCUCGAAGGCAAGCUGAUCCAGGCUCGUGCCGCCUGUCAGUCGGCAGCGGAUGCAGCCGCUACAGCAGUGCAUCUUGCACAUGUUUUGCGGGAGCAGUCCAAGGCUUUCGACCUAGACCAGGACGAGGCUGCGCAUUCAAACCUGCAAAGAGUCGCAGCAGUGCAGGCGCAGGCCAGGCCACGCCGUUUGGCAAAAGAAGACGAGAUAUUGAAUACCGUUGCGUCCGAACACGUCUUGAAGCAGAAGCUCGGCGAGGUACGACGUCGCAACAAAGAAUUAGAAAGACAGGUGCAAGCUGCGAAGACUCGUUUGGCUGGCAAGACUCAAACGCAUUUUCAAGCUGGAACGCUUCAAUUACCAAGGACAGGAGUCCUUGUCUAUUUGGAUUUGUUUAUGUAA